AUGCCAGGAGGGGACCUAGAGAAAGUGCAAAUCAAUGAUGAUCACCCAAAUCGGAUCGCCAAGAUUGGUGCCCAACUACCACCUCAAAUUCGUGAUGACCUAACAAACUUCCUAUGUGAGAACGCUCAGGCAUGUCCCAAGGAUAGCUUCUCGUUACCCCGUAUUGAUCAGCUCAUCGAUUCAACUGCGGGCCACGAGCUACUUAGUUUCAUGGAUGCAUACUCGGGGUAUAACCAAAUUAUGAUGUACCCACCAAAUCAGGAGCACACCUCAUUCAUCACAGACCGAGGUCUUUAUUGCUACAAGGUCAUGCCAUUCGAUCUCAAGAACGCAGGUGCGACAUACCAGCGACUUGUUAACCAAAUGUUUGCCAACCAGAUCGGGAAGAAUAUGGAGGUGUAUGUCGAUGACAUGCUAGUCAAGAAUGUCACAGUUGAUCAUCACAUUCAAGACUUAGUUGAAACCUUUGAAGUAUUAACGAGGUAUGAGAUGAGGCUUAAUCCUGCUAAGUGCGCCUUCGAGGUUAGCUCGGGAAAAUUCCUAGGGUUUAUGGUCAGUUUCAAAUGGUUUGAGCUUGGAAGCAACCUACUAUCUAUCGAUAGGCGAGAACAGACUGCUAUUGGCUGCUUCGCCUAUCUAUUCUAUUAUGGCCGGCUUGGAGACAUCAGAGGAAGACCGUCAUCUCUAUUCGGGUACAAUCAUAGCCCCAUUCAUUCGUUGAACCCUCUCGCCUUCCACUCUUUUUGUGAAGUUCAUUGCUGA